AGUUUUUUCACUUUCAUAUUUCGAGGCUUCUUAAUGGUAGCCAGUAUUUCUAUUCUGGUCUUUUGCCAGAUUGCCGUGUAUCGAGAAGCUCGAGCUCAGAUGCGUAAAAUAAAAAGUCAACAAGUCUCUAAGAAGGCGAGAGAAGUAUUUUUUAAGGAAAAGAAAGCUAUGAACACCACGACAAUCAUUAUUGGCGUUGUUCUUUUCUCAUUUCUACCUAUGAUGUUACUACGAAGUUUUUUUAUCUCUCUCUUGAGUUCACCCGCUACCAAAUUGGUUAAGGAAUACGCGUGCAGAUCGCUAAUGCUUUGUAACUCUGCUUGUAAUCCUCUAAUUUACUGCGCCCGUAACAGGGAAUUCCGAAAAGCUUUUAAAAGACUAUUACGUAGGCGAAGUCAGAUAGGACCAACUUCAAAGGACGGCGGAUAAAAAUACUCCAUCAAUCCUUCUUCGAAAGCAGAUAAUUUAUAAAAGUAAUUAACUAAUACGUAAACCAGUAGUACAUGAAAAUAAAUUGGAAAAUUUCAGAGGCAGGAACAUUCAUUUAAUUUGUGUGCACCGUGCGCUUGAAGGAAAAAUACAUUUGCAUGCAAGGAAAUGCCUUUUGUAAAGGUUCAGAUUUAAAAAAACGAAAAACAAUGUGGCGGCUUUAGUGUAAUGACUUUUUCUAUACUGAAAGGUAAAUAAAAAUUGCUUGCUUCAUCUUCCGGUUUUUGAGCGAACAUUAAGCGUGUCUAUCAAAAAACUGCGUUUUUAGAAGGACCGAGACUCACAAUGAAAUACUGAAACAGUAGAUGUAUCGUUUAUUUGAAUAUCUUUUUCUCGGGCUUUCAUAGUUAUUGAAAGAAACAAAAUUUCCUGUCUUUCCAAAUUUACUGCAAAUGGCACAAAUUUAUUUGGCAGGUUAACACUCCUAGAAAUUUGUAAUGACGAAGACUUUGUUCGUUUUGCUUCAAAAGCUGCCACUUAUUACUGAGAGCUCUUUCACCAACAAUACUUUCGAAAACAUCUCGUCAAUGAUCUUUGAACGCUUCAUGUUUGGCAGUGAGUUUACAGCUGAGUUUAAUGGCCGUGGAAAUCAGUCAGCAGCACGGAAUCAUAAAGGAGGGCAUGAAAAUAACUCAACCUCUUGAACUAAUUGUUUUAAAUUUUAAUUUGUGUAUUCCUUACUUACUAGCAUUUAGCCGCGAAAGGAUAAUGAAAUGAAAUGGGUCGACCCCAAAAAAAUUUAGAAGGGUUUGUAUGGAGUUUUCUAAGCAUAACUGGUCUACGAUCUCAGAGACAAUUUGCUCCGAAAUGCUCAUUUUUGGCAAGUAGGCCUCUUGGGCAUUGUUCUUUCAGAAUAUCCUGACAAAUCCCAUAAUUUCAGAAAUUUUAUUUUUAUGACGUCAUCAAUGGCAGACUGAUAAAUUUCCUAUUUUGUUAUCGCAGUGCACCGACGGCAACGCUUUGAAAUUGUAAGACCUUGAGAAUGAACUCUUCCAGUAACUCUUCCAAGCAGAUAUCGCCGUUAGAUUUUUGCAGUAAUGUGUUAGAUUGGAUGCCCGAGUGGAAGCCAACAUAUCUUACCACCCCAGUGACUGCAUCGUUGAUUUUCCUAUCCGUCAUCAAUCUGCUCGUGUCUCCCUGUUCUAUACUUCUAAAUGUCCUUGUAAUAGUUGCCGUCAAAACAUCACCACGGCUGAAAAGCAAUCACCACAUCUUGUUGGCGUCUUUAGCUGGAACCGACUUGCUGACAGGCGCCAUAUCGCAACCAUUGUUGAUAGCAGAAGAAAUAUACCUCCUCAAGGGAAGUUCCUUGAAUUCUUACUCAUUUUGCUUUCUGAGAAACGUUUCUGCGAUUACUGGUAUGACUCCUGUUAUUGCUUCUCUUCAACAUUUAGCGCUGCUAAGCAUCGAACGCUAUCUAGCGAUAACAUAUCCUUUCAAGUAUCUGGAACUAAUCACCGAGCUUCCCUUGAAUGCGAGUGUAGUGACUGUUUGGGCUGUGGCAACUUUGUUUACUGUUCUGACUUCCGUAUACACUGUUAACAAUACUUUCAUCUUAAAUUUCCGCAGAGUAAUAACUGUGGCCAGUAUUUCUAUCCUGAUCUUUUGCCAUUUUGCUGUUUAUCGAGAAGCUCGUUCUCAGAUUCUCAAAAUCGCGACUCAACAAAUCUCCACCGAAGCCAGAGCAGUAUUUUUAAAGGAAAAGAAAGCCCUGAACAUUACAACAAUGGUUAUUGGAGUAGUUUUCCUUUCGUUUGUGCCUUUAAUAAUUUUUCGACCAGUUUUGAAGUCGCUGAUAGGUCCACCCGCUUGGAAAUUUGUUUUGCUGUACGCCCUUAAAUCACUUGCGCUUUGCAACUCAGUUUGUAAUCCUCUAAUUUACUGCGCUAGGAACAGGGAGUUCCGAAAGGCUUUUGAAAGACUGUUACGUAGGCAAAGCCAGAUGGGAACAGCUUAAUAAAUUCAAAACGGAAAAUAAUUUGAAAAAGUAAUUAACUAAUACGUAAACUGGUAGUAUGUGAAAAUAAAUUGUAAAAGUUCAGAGACAAGAAGAUCCAUAACUUAUUGCGCCGUAGAUUUCCAAGAGAAUGCCUUUUCCAAAUGGCCAGAUUUAAGGAGCGUAAAACAAUAUGGCGGCUUUAAUGUAGCCUGAGAAAACAGCCGACAUUUGGCAACACCAUCACUGGCCUCUACGCCAAAUGACGCCUGAGAAUUGCAUACUGAUGACGCGUCACUACCCAGAUCUGGGUAGUUAGCGGCUUCUGGUUGGUCGUGCCGCGGGGGAAAUUUGAUUCAACUAGGUUAGCUCUAAUGUAAUGAUUUAUUAAAGAAAUGGUUAUCAAAAGACAGCGUUAAAAUCAAAGAGAUUCACUCAUAUUAAAAUAGUAGGUUUAUACGUUUAUUUAAACAACAUUUUCUCGGUGCCGUUUUGUAGCUCAGAGAGAAAACUUUCCUUUAAAUCCAAAUUUACCGAAAAGAACAUAAAUUUGUUCGGCUACAAAACACUCCUACAAAUUUGUAAUGACAAUGCUCUCUGGGUUUUGCUCUUAAAAGUUGUCACUGAUUACUGAAAACUUCUUCUCCAACUCGAAGACACUUUUUCAAUGGCCUUUGAACAUUGUGUUGUUUGGCAGUGAGUUUCUCUCAAAGAGAUCAAAAAGGAGGCAUGAAAGUACUUCAACCUCUUAAACUAAUGGCUUUAAAUUGUCAUUUGUGCAGUACUCCUUACUUGCUAUUUUUCGGGUUAAUUUGCAGUUGCAAUUACCUCUGCGACCAUCAUAUCUUCAAUUAAGUUCAGACUAUUUAUUGUUGUGGGAAUCAGUCAGCACGGAUUCUAGCACAUAAAAGAAAAUUAUAACCUAUCACCCUCUUGAGCUAAUGCCUGUCAAUUGUUAUUUCGGCUAGCAUUUAUUACUAACUUUUAGUCGUUGAAAAAUUGCACAAUAUUGAAAUCCAGGAACUUUAAUCCAACCGGAAUUAAUUAGUAAACUGUACAACAACGAAAUGUUUUGCCAAUUUUGUUAGUUAAUUACGGUUGUUAAGUUUUAAAUGCCACACUCUAUUAUGUCUUUGCAUAGCAAACUACCAAUUUUCUCAUUUUAGUCAGAACGUUACGCGCUAUUGUAAAAACUUCUCAUAAACUUUUGCCUUUCAAGGCUGGAACAAUCUUGGUAAGUUCUUCAUCCUGAAUGACAGUUCCAAACAGUUAUCCGGCUUUGGCUGAGUCAAAAAGUUCUUGUGGAAAAUUAUGAGGUACUCGACCAAAUGGGUUUCUGAGGAAAUGAACUAAAUAUAUUAAAUUACUUUUUAGAAGUUUCACUAAGUGACAACUCGAUCAACAAUUCAAAGCAUUUAUCAAUAAGUGCAAUCAGCAUCAACAUAUGUAAGAAAACUAGGUAUUCUUCUUUACUGGAAAGAAUUACGUUAGACCUGCUAUUAAGUGGCCACCUUUGAGUACCUGUAAGUGACCGCUAAAUGGCGAAUUGGCCACUCAAUAGAGGUUUGUUAUAAAUUAGUAAAACAUUAACAUAAUGGCUUUAGCAGAAACAUCGUACUCUAUUUUGAAACAAAAACGCGAUGGGGGUAGCAUUACUGGACAACAAUCGGUUUGCAAGUUCCAUCUCGGACUGUAUUUUCCUUAUCAUAUUGAAGGCGUGUAUGGCCGAGCGGUUAACACCUCUAAAUCUGGAUCUGGAGGUCCGGAGUUGAAAGCCUCGCCCGUUGCGUUGUUUUCUUAGACAAGGAACUUUACUCCUAUUUGUCUCUCUUCACCCAGAUGUAUAUAAAUGUGUACUGGCGACAUACUUCUGCGGGGUAACCCUGCGAUGGACUAGCAUCCCGUCCAGGAGGGAGUAGCAAUACUCCAAGGCUUGCUUUGCUACGGAAACCGAAAAUAAGCUCCGGCCGUGUGGCGCUUUGGCUCGUGUACGACUUUACCUACCUAUUCUUGAAAUAAUGCCAAACUAAGUUAUCAAGCACUUGAUGACCGCUUAAUAAAGGUGACAACAAUGGAUAAAUUAACUCUCGUUGGGACGGCCAAAAGAUGGCCGCGGCCGCUUGACAGAAGUGGGCUUUUAAUAGACGUUUAAUUCCUCAUUCUUUUCUACAAUUAUCUCGGGACUUUGAUGACUGGCAGCUUAAAAGAGGGUGGUAGCUUAAUGGGUCUUAAUAGAUAUAGUUUCUUUAAAAGUAGUCCAAGUGUACGUCAUUCACCCGUACAAAACAAACAUCAUCACGAGUCGAUAUUGCAGUGGAUGGCAAGACUUUCAAAUUGUAAGGCCUUGAGCAUGAACUCUUCCAAGCAGAUAUCGCAGUCAGAUUUUUCAUGCAGUCCGUAUGUCCACGAUGGAAUGCCUGAAUGGCACCCAUCACAUCUAACCACCCUAGUGACUGCAUCAAUAAUUUUCAUAUCCGUCAUCAAUUUGAUCGUGUCUCCUUGUACUAUGGUGUUAAAUGCCCUGGUUAUCAUUGCGGUCAAAACGUCGCCAAGGCUAAAAAGCAACUACCACAUUUUGCUGGCCUCAUUAGCUGGAACCGACCUAAUGACUGGCGCGCUCGCACAGCCACCUGUUGUUGCAGGAGAAAUAUAUCGCCUUUCUGGAAACUCGGCACAUUUCUACAAAGUUUGUCUCCUAAAUAACAUUUCAAGGAUCACCGGUGUAUAUUUUGUCACCGCUUCCAUACUACAUUUGAUGCUACUAAGCGUCGAACGCUACGUCACAAUAACAUAUCCUUACAAAUACCUCGAAAUUAUGACCAAGCGACGCGUGAUUUCAAGCGCGGUUUUUGCUUGGUCGUUCGCAGCUUUGACUGUUGUGUUAACUGUUAAAGAUAUUUUGCCUUUCUCAUUUCGCGCCGUCUUAAUUGUAGUCAGUAUCUCUAUUCUGAUCUUUUGCCACAUUGCUGUGUAUCGAGAAACUCGCGCUCAGAUGCGUAAAAUAAAAAGUCAACAAGUCUCUAAGGAGGCAAAAGAAGUAUUUUUAAAGGAAAAGAAAGCUAUGAACACCACGACAGUUAUUAUUGGCGUUGUUCUGUUCUCAUUUCUGCCUAUCAUAUUACAACGAUUUAUGUUUAUCUCUCUCUUAAGUUCACCAGCUACUAAAUUGGUGACGGAAUACGCCUGCAGAUCGCUUAUGCUUUGUAACUCAGUUUGUAAUCCUCUAAUUUACUGUGCUAGGAACAGGGAGUUCCGAAAGGCUUUUGGAAGACUGUUACGUAGGCAAAACCAGAUAGGACCAGCUUGAAAGAGUGAAAGAACAACGGAUAAAAGGAAACUUCAUCAAUCUUUUCCAAAAGGAAAUAAUUUGUAAAAGUAAUUAACUAAUACGUAAACCGGCAGUAAAUGAAAAUAAAUCGUAAAACUUCAGAGGCAAGAAGAUCCAUAAUUUGUUGCGCUGUAGAUUUCCAAGAGAAUGCCUUUUCCAAUUGGUCAGAUCCAAGGAACGAAAAACAGUAUGGCGGCUCUAAUGUAAUGAUUUAUUAAAGGAAUGGUUAUUAAAAGACCGCGUUAAAAUCAAAGAGACUCAUUCUUAUUAAAACGGUAGGUUUGUACGUUCAUCUAGAUAACAUUUUCUCGGUCUUUUGUAGUUCAGAGAGAAAAAUUUCCUUUAAAUCCAAAUUUACCGCAAAUGACGUAAAAUUGUUCGGCUGCAAAACACUCCUAUAAAUUUGUUCUGACAAAGCUCUCUGGGUUUUCUCUUAAAAGUUGUCACUGAUUACUGAAAGCUUCUUCUCCAACAAUAUGCUCUCGAAGCACUUUUUCGGCAAUGGCCAUUGAACAUUGUGUUAUUUGGCAGUGGGUUGAGUGGCUGCGGAAAUCAGUCAGCACGGAAUCCAGCUGUCUCUUGAAGGGGUCAAAAAAGGGGCUUGAAAAUAACUCAACCUCUUGAACUAAUAACUUUAAAUUGUCAUUCGUGCAGUACUCCUUACUUGCUAACAUUUAAAAAGAUAAUAAAACACUGAAAUCCAAGUUCUUUGUUUUAACCAAAAUCAAGGGUAUCAAAGAAGUUGUUAACUGAAAUCUUUUAAUUUCGUGUUCUUUUUCUUCACAAUUCACCCCCCUAAAUAAUAUUUCCACUGGGAGGAAAUAUUUUUACAAGGUGCACUUAAGGGGAGGGGAUUGGGUUGCCAAUGGGCAAUCGCCAUUCAUUACUCGAUUUAGUUUGACAAAUAAUAGUGAAUUACGUUUAUUUUUGGGAAUACAAAAGUCUAAAAUCAGCUUAAGUAAGAUACUUCGGAGUAGCCGGUGAGAGCUGAAAAUUUCUCAGGCCCUUAUUUUGGAAAGAAAAGGGCAAAAAAUUUUCUAAACUCGUUUCAUUUAGUAUUUUAGAAAUAUUUUUAAAUGCAAUCAAGAGAAAUAAACGGUGUAGCUUAGUGUUGAUAUUGAUAUAUUAUUUAAAAUUAAUUAACCAAGUGCAUACAAAACAACUUGUUAUAAAAGGUGAAUUACUGACCGUCUCUCUUCAACUAGACUGUGUACAGACGUCCCCUGUCCCUCAGAAAAAUCGGGAUAUUUUCUGAGGGAGGGGGGACGUCUGUACAUAGGCUACUCUUCAACAAAAUAAGUUUAUUAUAUUGUAGGAUAAAUGAUUAAACUCCGCGACUUUCGCAAGACCGAAGUAUGGAGAUACACAUACGUUUAUGUACAGUAUUGAUAAAAUUCUUUCCAGCCUGAGACAAGAAGGAUUUGACCGAUACAUUUUCUCGGUUUCUUUUUCUCAUUAGGGCCAAAUAUCCGCAUACAGAUCAAACACAAACAGUUAUCAUUUCCGAUGCAAUUAAAAUCAGAUUUCUCUCCACAGGGUUUGCAUAAUGGUUUCAGCUGUUGUGCAAAAAGGAAGGUGUUUUAUUAUUACAAAUUACUUCUAUUUAAUAUUUAUUUUUGACGCAAGCUUCACGAUUCUAACACUUCCUAAAUAAUUGUUCGCAAUCCAACCUUGCUGACAGCCAUUCUACGCUAUGUCUGACAGUUUGACAGCCGAUUUUAAUGGCAGUAGAAAUUCUAGACAACUCAGCCUUUUGAACUAAUGGCUUUCAACUGUCGCUUACGCUUCUCCUUACUUACUAACAUGUAGCCAUUGAAAAGAUUUGCCCGAGGAAGACAAGACAGUGACAUGCGUUAUUGUUGUAUACCGUAAGCAGCUGCUUAUUAGCCCUGAACUUAUAUAUCUUUGUAAGGUGUUUUGGAGGACUUCUAUCCGAGGGGGCUUAUAUCCCAGGGGACUUAUAUCCGAGGGAGCCUAUAUCCGAGGGGACUUAUAUCCUAAGGAGCUUAUAUCCGAGGGGGCUUUUUUAACCGAAAUAAAAAAAAAAUGCACUUCGAAACAAGCUAUCAUAGUGCUGAUUAAAAUACGUCUUGCAUUUACUGGUUUUUAAGCUUCAAGAUGCAAUAUAUUUUUAGAGGGGGUUAUAUUUGGGAAGAGGGGGCGUGGGAGGGCUUAUAAUGGCAUGUAUUUUAGUUACAGGUAGAUGGGCCUUUACCUGGGGGCGGCUCAUCAGCAGCAGUUUACGGAAGUUUCCUGACAAAAAUAAAGAGCAAAUACUGUUCAUCUUAAGGCAUAUGCAGAAAAGAAACACGUUUAAAAAUUUCUCAUCAACUAUAGUUAGUUUUUAAAUGUGGCACUAGUCUACCAAAUUUUGAAUAGACACUUAUUUUUUUAGUAUUUUUGUUAAUAAUUUAUGUACUACCGUAACAAUGCGUAAUAACAUACUUGUUCGAAAAUUCUCCGUGCAAAGUUUGCACAAUCUGGUUGAUCCUGGGCAUUGACAAACAAAUCAGUGACAGACUCGUGCAAAUGCACAUUUACAGAAUUAAAAUCGAAAUUUUUUGUUGUUUCAGUGACAGCUUUAACAAAAAAAAAUAAGUGCCAUCGACAAUAACAUAAGCUUAAAAAAGAUCUUUCAUAAUAACACUUGUUUUACUUCCUUGGGACUCCACUGAAAUGAAAUAACUUCCUUUCACUUUUAAGUAGAAGAGUGCAUCCUUUAUUUUUUAAUUAAUGUUGUCUAUAAAAACGCAACACCUCCACAUGAAGUCUUUAUUGCGGCUGACGCCGAGAAUUUGAAAUUUGAGGUCUUUGAAAAUGACAAACUCUUCCAAGCAGAUAUCGCAAUUAGAUGUUUGCAAUUAUGUCUACGAUGGUAUGCCUGAUUGGCUUCCAGCAUAUCUAACCACCCCAGUGACUGUAUCGCUUAUUUUCUUAUCCGUCAUCAAUCUUCUCAUGUCUGCUUGUACUAUAUUUUUAAAUGUCCUGGUAAUGAUCUCCGUCAAGACAUCUUCCCGGCUGAAAACCAACUGCAACAUGUUGCUGGCCUCUUUAGCUGGAACCGAUUUGAUGACUGGCGCCAUUGGACAGCCGCUGACGGUGGCAAAACAGAUACACCGUCUUGGAGGAAGCUCGGUGGAUUCUUACUCCGUGUGCCUCCUAGAGGGAGCCAUCACUAUAACGUCUGUAACUGCUUCUAUUCAACAUUUAGCGUUGCUAAGCAUCGAACGCUAUCUUGCGAUUAUGCACCCUUAUAAAUAUCCUGAAAUUAUCACCAAACAUCGCUUGGUUGCAAGUGCGGUCACUGUUUGGUCAGUUGCUGCUUUGAUGACUGUUCUGACCUAUUUAUUCUCGCUUAACAAUGUCUUCAACUCUGUUUUUCGCGUCUUCUUAAUAGUAGCUAGUAUUUCUAUCCUGAUCUUUUGUCAGAUUGCCGUUUAUCGAGAAGCUCGUUCUCAGAUGCUCAAAAUCGCGUCUCAACAAAUCUCCACGGAAGCCAGAGAAACAUUUUUAAAGGAAAAGAAAGCUUUGAACACUACGAGAAUUGUUAUUGGAGUGGUCCUGCUUUCGUUCGUGCCUUUGUUUCUAUUUCGACUUUUUAUGAUGCCUUUCUUGAGUUCACCCGCUAUGAAAUUCGUAAUGGAAUACGCCUUUAGAUCACUUGCACUCUGUAACUCGGUCUGUAAUCCUUUAAUUUACUGCGCUAGGAACAAGGAGUUUCGAAAGGCUUUUAAAAGACUUUUAUGUAAGCAAAGUCAUCUUCAACCAAAUUGA